CCCAGGUGCUGCGGGACGCCGCGGAGCCGACCCCAGCCCAGAAACUCCGCUGCUCCGAGAGCUGAUCGCACAGGACGGGCCCCACCGCAGAGUCCUUACCGGCGGGCGGGGAAAUACCGAGCCAUGCGGGCCUUUUUUGCAACCAAAGUGGAGCAUGAAAGCAAGAACUAUAACGGCAAGACUUUCCAGCGGGCUGGAUCUUCGGCCUUUGAGCGUGUCUUCACUGCCAACCAAAACUGCAGAGAUGCAUACCCGACGUUUCUUGUUGUGCUUUGGUGUGCUGGGCUGCUUUGUAGCCAAGCUGCUGCUGCUUUUGCUGGAUUGAUAUACUUGUUUGUGAGGCAAAAGUACUUUGUUGGCUAUCUGGGAGAGAGGACACAAAGCACUCCUGGUUACAUAUUUGGAAAACGCAUCAUAUCAUUCCUGUUCCUUAUGUCUGUUGCUGGGAUCCUCAACUAUUAUCUUGUCCUCAUUUUUGGAAGUGACUUUGAAGUGUAUAUAAAAACUGUAACCAACACCAUCUCCCCACUGCUACUCAUUCCUUAAUUCUUUGCAGCAUUAGCGGUUCAGUGUGCUUUACAGAUCAAUAUCCAGAAGCAGCUAUAAUUCAACUGUUUAAGAAAUGAACCUACAAACCCUUUUAGACUGCUGUAAAUCUAAGGCUCUAUGGGCUUUGUGGUUUGAUUUAACCCUUUUCCUACAGUAAAAUGAUUUAUUGUGACCAGUCAGUGUGCCCUAGGAAGGGUAAUAACUUCCAAUUAAUUCUUCAGAUUAAAAAGGUUUAAAAAAAAAUGAAACAACCAAAAAACCAUUUCAGGUUGAACAAAACAUUCCAUUCUGAUUUUAAGCACCUUUUCAAUGGUUUAAAUAUAAAAAAUUGAAAGCAAUCUCAAAAUGAAAGGUCAUUUUGAAUAGAAAAAUCAACCGUUUCAUUUCAAAACGGUUGAAACAAAACUCAUCAACUUUUUGGAAUUUUGGGUGGUUUUUACACAAAAAAUUUGGGGAAAUUGACAUGAAUUCGCAAAAUGUUUUGGUGUCACAGAAUCUUCAUUUUUCAGCCAAAAAAUGUUUUGGCCGAAUUUCAUUCAUCUUCAGUUGCCAUGAAAACCCAGAGCUCAAUCCCGCAAUCCUUACAUAUAUACAAUGUUCAUUGCAGUCAAUGGGAACCAAACCCCUAGUAGUGCAUGACUGCAGUUUGGACCUGAAUCUCAUUUACAUGAAAGCCUCUGUAUAUUGCCAGAGCAGGGUAAAUUGCCAGAGGA